CAUCCACAAUGGCGGACAAUCGAAAACAACAGCUGUACUGAGAAUGAUGCGUGGUGUUAGCUAAGACUCUUCCUCAAAUCUGUGGUAAAGAUGGCGAAAAGCCAUAACGGAAAUGGAGAAAAGCCCAUCAAGUAUGAGUAUUUAGAUCACACAGCUGAUGUUCAACUUCAUGCUUGGGGUGAUGAUUUGAAGGAAGCUUUUGAGCAGGUAGCAACAGCCAUGUUUGGUUAUAUGACAGAGUUAACUGCUGUUGAAAUUGAAAAAACAAUGGAAAUCACAGCUCAAGGUGAUGACAUGAUAAACUUGUUGUUCCAUUUUCUCGACGAGUUCCUGUUCUUGAUGUGUGAUGACCCAUACUUCAUAGUGAAGGAAGUUGAAAUUUUAGAGUUUGACAAGGAAAACUUCACAAUAAGAGCAGUAGGGAGAGGUGAACUUUUUGACCUUAACAAGCAUCCACAGGGCACAGAGGUGAAGGCUAUAACUUACUCCAACAUGCAGAUAUAUGAUGAAAAUGACAAGCAUGAAGUUUAUGUCAUUAUUGAUAUUUAAAAACCAAAAUUCAAAGGCAAACUCUAUGAGUGUCAAUUAUUCACUGA